AUGUCGAAAAACCUUUACUUGAUUGUGGUGUUGUCUGAAGCAAAUGUGAAAGGAUUUGAUGAUCUACAUGCAUGUGCUGAUCCUGGAGCUCCUGAACAUGGAUACAAGACACCCAGUGCAGGUGUUUUCUUUGAAAGUGUCGUCGUCCGGUUUCAUUGCCAAGAAGGAUACAGGCUUAAUGGUACUUCAAAAAAACUUUGCGUGAGACACUUUAAUGGCUCCCUGAGCUGGAAACCAAGUGAUAAACCUGUGUGCCUACAAGAAGUCGCAGAUUGCCUUGUUCCACAUGUUGAAGAUGCAGAGAUUCAUAACAAGACAUACAGGACUGGCGAUAAAUUAAUAAUCAGCUGUCAUGAAGGAUUCCAGAUCCGAUACCCUGACUUAGACAACAUGGUUUCAGUAUGUCAAGACGAUGGAACAUGGGAUAAUCUGCCCAUUUGUCAAGGUUGCCUGAGACCAUUGGCUCUUCCUCAUAGUUACAUUAACAUAUCUGGGUUCGAAUCCUCCUUCCCAGUAGGAACAGUGGUGUAUUACCAAUGCUUUCCUGGAUAUAAACUAGACGGGGCAGAGUUCCUUGAGUGCAUGUAUAACCUUAUCUGGUCAAAUAGCCCACCUAGGUGCCUUGAUGUGGAAGUUUGUCCACUACCUCCAAUGGUGAGUCACGGAGACUUCAUCUGCCACCCGCGGCCUUGCGAGCGUUACAAUCAUGGGACGGUGGUGGAGUUUUACUGUGAUCCUGGUUACACCCUCACCAAUGACUACAAGUACAUCACCUGCCAGUACGGAGAGUGGUUCCCUUCCUACCAAGUAUACUGUGUCAAAACAGAACAAACCUGGCCAAAUACACAGGAGACCCUCCUGACUACAUGGAAAAUAGUGGCAUUUACUGCUACCAGCAUUUUAUUAGUACUGCUUCUGGUUAUUUUAGCCAGGAUGUUCCAGACCAAAUUUAAGACGCAUUUCCUUCCAAGAGGCAACCAGGAGGGCUCCAUGGGUGACCCUGACUUUGUGGUGGUGGAUGGCAUUCCUGUCAUGCUGCCUUCCUAUGAUGAAGCUGUAAGCAGUGGCUUGAAUGCUCUGACACCUGGAUACUCAGCUACCACAGACCAGGGGCAUAUCUUGCAGACAGAAGAUCAGAAUCCUCCUGCUUACCCUGGCCCCACGAUUACAGAUGUGCUGCCUAGUGAAUUUGAGACCUGUGACAGUAGGUUGGGCUCCUCUGAACUGCUCCAAAGUUUGUACCCAUCCCUUGUGUGCCAAGCGACAGCGCUUCCCAGUUCUGACAGAACUGAUGGAUCCCACAGCACUGCCAGGGAAGCUGCAUCCAUGAGCCUGCGGAUCGAUAUUGCAGAUGAGAUUCCUUUGAUGGAAGAAGACCCUUAGCCUGCACAGAGACAUGUCUUCAUCACAUUGCACUGUUGGGUGACAUGAAUCAUGAAGAUUUAGAGAUAGAAAAGACUAUCUGUGGAUUUGGGGAGGGUAUUCUCCUACUUACAAAUCUUCCACACGAUGAUG